AAUUACGUCAUUACUACAAUGAUAAGUUUAUAAGACGUUGAAACACAACCUUUAUUUUGAUCCGUUUUGAAUAGUCGAUUUGAUGUGAUUUCCACAAUUAAACCCUGAUCCAUGACUUAACACGACUUAUUUGUGAACAGAGUGUCACGUUUGUGCAAAAUGGCAAAGGAUUAUGAUCAUCUCUUUAAAUUGCUUAUAAUAGGUGACAGUGGGGUCGGAAAAAGCUCUUUGCUUUUAAGAUUCUCCGAUAACACGUUUACUGGGAGCUACAUCACCACGAUAGGGGUAGAUUUUAAAAUAAAGACUGUUAAUAUUGAUGGACAGCGAGUGAAACUACAAAUUUGGGAUACUGCAGGACAAGAACGAUUUAGAACUAUUACUAGCACGUAUUACAGAGGAACACAUGGGGUUAUUGUAGUUUAUGAUGUUACCAAUGGGGAAACUUUUGCUAAUGUAAAGAGAUGGUUACAUGAGAUAGAGCAGAAUUGUGAUGUAGUUAAUAGAGUAUUAGUGGGAAACAAAAAUGAUUGUCCUGACCGUAAAGUGGUAUUAACAGAAGAUGCAAAGAGAUUUGCAGACACAAUGGGCAUUCAAUUGUUUGAAACAUCAGCAAAGGACAAUAUAAACGUUGAAGAGAUGUUUUUAAGUGUAACCAGGUUAGUUUUGAGAUCCAAACAAGAAAUGAAAGAGCGCCAAAAUGUCACAUCAAAUGAUACUGUCAAUUUGAGAAAGAGUAACAAGCAGGGUAAAAAAAAGUGCUGUUAACACACAACAUUGUGUUAUUUGUCUGGUGUUCAUACAAAAAUGUGAAAAAACUUCCUCAAUAGAUAAUCAUUUUGUUCAUAGCUUUACAUUUGCAAAAAAAGCCAAAUAUUAUUGUUAUUCAAAUAAGUUCUGAAAUGUUUAUUUCCAAUAUAUGGGAAAUUUAAUUUAGAAUGCUGUCUAAAACUUUCUUAUAUGUAAAUUGAUAUUUUUUUUGGGUUUUUAAAGAUCAAAAAUUGGGUAAACUGGGAUAAUGUGCCCCCACAUUUUUGCACAAGUUAUUAGUAGUGGACUUUAUUUGUUUCCACCAUAAUAGACCGAAGUAUAUGCCUGUAAACCAACUAAAUUUUAAUGUAAUAUAGCAUCAAUAAUAAUAACUUGCACAAAAUGUGAUCUAUAGCUGCAGGGGCAGAUUACUCCUCUUGCUACAGCCUUUUGAAUGAAAUUAUCAUUCAAUAUAAAAUACCAAAAUGCUUCAGUACAUACUAUUCCAUGUCGUAAUUGCCACAUUCUUUGCAUUUUGCCAGUAUUAAUUAAUUAAAAAAAUAUAUAUAA